UGGUGCCCCGCAGUCGAAUCGUCCAGCCUGGGUUGGUUCGAUCGGAAAUCCUGUGGUUUUUCAGUCUCCACGCUCGUUACAUAUUCCAAUGGGAAAUGAAGAUGAUAAGAAGUUCACGGUGUGGCGUUUCACCGAUAAACCUUUGAGACUAUCUUGGGUUGAUCAUCUCGAGGAGCUCUACACGGGUUCGCCCGAUGGUGUCCUGGAUUUUUGUGGCCAGUUGGGGCCUCCCUCGAAGCUCAAGAGCGAAACCUCGUUGCACAGGGACUUCUGUGUGUUCCGUAUCCUUCUGGUUGUACGGAGAACAUGUAAUGAAGGCCGCAGAGAAGCCCGAGAAGCAAAUAAUCCUCGAUAUUGCGCAGUGUUGGAAAAUGGCGCUCGGCAUAAGUGA